AUGAUAACCCAUUACCUACUGGAACCGGGUGAUGGUACAAAGGCUAUGGGCACUACAGAAUUCAGUAAUCGGCAGUUGUUUCGGGAUCUGUGUUCGAAGAGAGAGAUACUGGACCUCCAGGCACAAUGCCCCUUCAAGGACUGCCCAGAAAUUGUAGAACUCAGGGAUAUGGAGAAUCAUGUGGAGACGUGUCGGUUUAGAACGGAGCCGUGUCCGAACCAAUGCGGUUCUUCAAUGCGGAGGAAAUCAAUAGACAAUCAUCUUGAGAAAGAUUGUCCUAGGAGAUUGGUAGAAUGUCAGUACUGUAGAAGCCCACUGUGCUUUAAUCAAACAGAGAGGCAUAAUGCGGAGUGUCCAAAGCGACCGGUCAGCUGCGAGUAUUGUCAUAAGGAGGUGUUAUCCAGUCUUCUUCAUUCUCAUCAUCAGCAUGAAUGCAGCGAGAUUCCUGUACCUUGCCAAUUUGCAUCCUUAGGCUGUGAUAAAAGGUUACCCAAAGAACGCAUGGCGUUACACAUUUCUGAAUCCAUGGAAACCCAUCUUCAGAUCAUGGCCUCGUUUCUUCAGAACCAACAGACACUUGAACGAUCCACUAGCUACCCUGGAACAAGCUGGAGAUCGGGUGCAACGUACGACGGUCGGAGUGAAUUCGCCACAGCGGCAAGUAAGCUCACGGAUGUUCAUGAACACGGUGCUAGGAAGCUUGACCCUGAUCAGCUUGGGAGGGCACAAGCCCCGCCUUCCUUUGUGACAUCACCGUCUCCGCUGCCUAGCUUUGGCCCGAUGGCGUCUGGUCCCUUUGAUCCGAUGGAGCAGAUCAGGGCCUUGAGGAACACUGUCAAAGACCUCCAGGAAAAGGAAGUAAGGAUGAGACAAAACUUUAUUGAGCUCGAGAGCAAGGCAGAGCGUAAGGACUUGGAGAUAGCCGCUCUCCGAGGUGAGGUCAAUAGUCUGCAGAUUGAGACCAAGGAGCUUCGCGAGCAUGUCGCGAAUGGGAUUUUCGUGUGGAAAUUGUACAAGUACUCGGAACUGCGUCUGUCAGCGGAACGAGGAGAAGCAACGGUCAGACAUAGCGAAGGGUUCUACACUGGUUCUUGUGGAUAUCGCCUUUGUAUACGUGUUAAUAUAAACAAAUCAGAGACUAGGGGAAUUCUGUUUAUAUCGCUCUUUGUGCACUUCAUGCAAGGGAAGUACGAUGGCUUCUUGGAAUGGCCCUUCAGGGGAUCAAUAACGCUCUCUCUGAUCGACCAAAACGAUGAAUCGGAACUGAAACGGAAGAACAUCACAGAGAGAUUGGUUGCGAAGAGCAACCUGGAUGCGUUUAAGAGACCAAGGACGGUUCGCAAUCAUAAGGGAUUUGGCUACAUGGAGUUCGCUUCUGUCGAGUCUCUGGAAAAGGACGGGUUGUUCAUCAAAGACAAUACGAUUCUGAUCAAAGUUGAGGUUCAUCCACAGUGUAAUUAGACUUUACAGAGAUCAAGGCCCCGUCUAAUACCAAGAGUUGCAAUCGAUCUAAAAGAUCCCAACAAUAGAUAGCCAGGGACCCCAACAAUUAUGCCUGUUCAAAGUAUUUUCUGAAUACACUUUGUAUUCAUCAUUGUCUUUAAAAACCAUGUAGGUGUUUCGUGAAGCUGUUUGUAAGAUACAAGUGAUUUAACAAUGACUGGUGACCCUUUCUUAGGUACUAUCAACAUCAAUGAAAAUUUGGUGCAUAUCAUAUCAUACAUAUAAUAAUAUGUUCCACUUGUGUAGUGCAGCUACUUUAAUUAUAUAUACUCUACUGCACUUGAUACUUGGUAUCAUAUUAUUACCCUGGCUGUAUAUGUAGCCGAGCCACCGUAUAGGCGCUAAAGCAUUUAAUGAAUAAAUCCUACUGGGUACCCAUUUACCUCACUUGGGUCGAGUGCAGCACAAUGAGAAACGAUCACCAGUGGUUCGCAAAGUUGCUCGUAAUUUUGACAGCUUUAUGAAUCACCUACCAGAGUGUUCCUCUUUUAUUCCUUGUUUCCACUGUCACGAUUUGUGCCGUGAUACAAACGGCGUAUGGUGGUGUGACCUUAAUUCGCACGUUAUCUGAUUUUGCGCACGGUCGAAUAUCUCUUUAUCUAAUUAAUAUCUUCAAGAACUGAUAUCUCCAAAAGAAAAAGUGACCCAAAAUUACUCGGCAUGGUAAUUUUCUUGAAGGUAAGGUCUCAAAUUGUGAAAAAAUUGGCAAAACAUCGGCGAAUUUUGUCCGUUCUGAGAAAAUCGGAUCUUCUCGACAAGCAUCAAGAAAUCGCCAGUUUGCAAGCAGAGGUCUCCAAAUAAGUAAAAAAAAUGUGAUACCAACCGAAUUUAUGGAAUUUUUACCUCCAUCUAAUAUAUCUUACCUUUGUCUGCUUGACUUAUUUUCUAAAGCUUUGCAAAACGAUCGUGCGCAAAUUAAGGCCACACUUUUUCAGCCGAGCGCGCACUAGUCGAUCGCCAUGGAAUUUUGAGAUCGCGAUACGAGCAAAACACUUGACCUUCUUUAUAAUUCCGUCAAGCGAAUUUGACUUUGGAUCUUGCCUUCCAUCUGGUAUUUAUGAUUUUGAUUAAUUUUGUGUGAACUGUGAGAAAUAUUUGAUUGAAAAUCAACUUCAAGAUAAUUUUUAAAAUGUGCGCAAAUUAUGGUCACCCCAUCAUACUCGUGGAGUAAUCGUAUUGAUCCUAUCAUAUCAGCCAUGGCAAUCGUGUUGAUCAUAAUUUUUUUUUUGAAUGGUGAAAAAAGUUCCGCGAUCAGUUACAAAAGUCCAAUCAUGGCUUUCGUAAUGGAUCGCACGGCAGUGGAAACCAGGUAUUACAAAGGUUUUUUUUUCAUACAUCUCUUGCAUGAAGAAUCUUGAUGCUGAUUGAUUCCUUUAGUUGCGAUCACUUGGAUCAUUCAUAAUUCUUUUCAAGACCGGGCCCAGAAUACAUUUGUCUUAGAUCUUCAGAAUAAUUUUCAUGCAGGCCUGUAACUAACACAUGGAAGUGUUGUUAGGAUAAGAAAAGAGGGUUGUUAGGAAUAUGGAGGCCAAAGCCUUUGGAAGGUGACGAUUCAGGGAGUUUUUCACAUCUUGUUAUUUCACACACUAUAAAGGGUUUCAUCAGUAGUUAUUUAACAAUUGCUGGUGAAAGCCACUUGUGAUAAUGGUGAAAAAUGUCGGUGAGGGCCAACAGUGGAGUGUUUCUUGAAAACUACUGUACGUCAGACUCAGAGUUUGCAAAAUGUUUCCAAAUGGUCGCUAAAUUUCCAGCGACCAAUAAUUGUGAAUGUUGCUUUUACUUUAAUACCUAUUUUUGACCUCUAUUCAAUCAUGUUUUUUUUUUAGAGAGAGAGAGUAGAGUGUAUUCUUUUCUGCUGGUCUACAGGGCAUUAAUAUGUAUAAAGGAUUUCUAUUUGUUUAAAUACUGUAGCUGAAAGGAUUUUCUCCCUUUUUCGCUAUAUUUCAUUUUGUCGGAUAAUAACUAUAACCAACAUUAAUAUUCGUUAAAUACAAUGUUUCUAAAGUGCUACAUGUUAUUACAUGUACAUUCUUUCUAAGGCGGGUGUGGCUUCACGUAUAAAGCUCCAUUUCAUGUUGCAAAUUCUUUAACAUAUAGAUAGGGGAAAUAAAAUAAAUAAAUUUCAAUCGUUUUUCUACCAUGCAUUCUAUUUCCACUUUUAAGCUCAUAGCAAUUGUUCAGCAGGGAAACAAAUAAUGUUAAAAGGGAUCGGAUAACUUUGUGGACGUUUGCAAAAUUCUGAGCUGUAGGGGCCUACGUAAUGUCAGUUCGUGCAAUAAUGUUUCAAUUUAAUGAAACCUGAUAGUUAUCCGUAUUUCAUAUAUGCAUCAUUACAUGCUUCGCAAUAAGUAAAAAAAAGUGAUUAUUUUCCCUCCAUUACGAGUCCAUAAUGCUUAUGAUCAUUCUCGCAGCAAAUGAACUCUUUGCCCACUUUGUUCGACUAGAGUCGCAUCCAGCAGUCUGCGAAGUUUGACUCAAGUCACAUUGUAUUCACAAUACAGAGUGCAUCGCAUUGGACUGUUUUGACAAACUAAUGUUGGCAAAGCUUGCUGAAUUUCUUUUUGAUUCACCAGUGCUAACGACGACAUGGCUCUGUUUAUCGACCCACAGAAAAUGUUUCUUAGGCCUUUGUGAUCAUAGUGUGGUCCGGCUUUUAAAAGAGUUUGCAACAAGCUUUUAAUAAUGCACACAUACUUUGCAACCGUCGAUGAAGUUGCCAAAUCUGAACAUUGCUACAGCCGCAGCCAUUCUUUCCUCAGAUAAAUCCUUUAGGAAAUCUGAUCAGUCAUAUCAAACUUAUAUCUAAUAUAAAACUACUGAAUAGCAAGCAGGAUGCAAGGGUGUAGGCUGGUUUGAGCAUGGGGAGGUGGAACAAGUAAAGUGGAAUGGGGAUGCAUAUCUUGGGGGAGGCAGAACUAAAGUUUGGAAAAUCAGCUGUUGAAAGCAGAAGAAGGGGUACAAAUGUCGUUAUGCUUGCUAGUGUCGGAACUCGUCUGCCUCAGCAGGAGGGUGCAUGUGUGCACCCCCCCCCCCCGCCCUUGGGCUGCUGUUAAUAUUAUUGGAUAGUGACAUCAUUAUAAGUAACGGUCUGCAGGUUGAGAAUUAGAUAUAUUCAAUUUCCUUCUUGUGUAGUUUGCGAGUGAAUGAAUCGAUUUGGUCUUAUAUUUUUAUUGUGGUAUUUUACAGCUGUAUUCAUAUUGUUAAUUUUGUAUGUCGUAAUGCCUCCCUUCAUAAAAUCUCUGCAUAUUAUGACCAUUAAAGUGGAAUCUUAACUGGAUGAAAAAUCAGUUGAAAAGAAGAAAGAAAAAAAAAAACAGAGUGAGAAAAGCGAGUUGGUGAUUUUUUUUGCCAAAAAAUAACUAAGUUUAUAUCUGACUACCUGACUAUCUGACUACCAAUGAACAUCAAAUUUGUCUCAUUUUGUUGGUUUCUAACUCUAUACACAUGCCAUCUUUUUGUUUUGGGUUUGUUUCGACACCCCCAAAAGCUUGUUAUUGUGUGUUUAUGCCUUAUUAGGAGGGAGCAAUAAAGAGUCCGAGGUAUUAAUAUUAAUGGGGAAAGACCAGUUCCUACCUGUAUCCAGUUCAAGGCACAGCUACAUGUAAUUCUUAUCUGAAUAAGUGAAUAAUAAGUGUCAAAAUGCUAUUUGCACUUUGUUCUGUGUUCUCUGACAUGCAGUUUCAUGUCUCAGGAAGUGAAAAUAACAAUUAUCCCUCAGAUUUACUGUUUUUUUUUCCAUGUUUAGCAAAAUAUUGAGUUCCUCCGAAUAGGAAUUGGGUGAGGCAUGUUGUAGGUGAGUUCUCAGUGAGAGAGCUGAUUGUGAUUGGGUAUUAAAUGGAAAGUUUUUGAAAGAUUUCUGUUCUUGUUCUUGAUCUUGAUACUGUUUUUUCUUCACAAUUCCAUUCUCAUGUAUAGAAUGAAUAUGUUUUCAGUUUAUUGCCUUUUCAAUAAUGUUAAAUAUUUAUAUUAUUUUAUAUGCCUUAAUCAACAGUAAUAGAUGGUUUUGAAAUAACACGUAAGUUUUAAGUAUUUUUCGAAGAAAGGUGAAGCAGAACUAUUCUAAUGAAGAUGAUAUUCAACUCAAAAGAAAGUAUACCGUAUUUCUUAUGAUCAUAUUAAGGAAAAUUGUCAACAGCGGAAAUUGUUUUUCAUUGCUAAACUUCAAUCACUUUGUGAUAGAUUUAUUGAUAAUAGAUAAAUUUUAAUUAAAAGAAAUAUUUUUGAGAUGUAUGAUGUUUGAUGAGGGUAGAAUGAUUGCCCAAAAGUAUCUUUUAUGGAGAAUAUGUUAUCAGAGCAUUUCUGAUUGUUUUAUUAUAAAGAAUAUUUGUAUGAAAUUCACUUUCUAAGAAAUGAGAAAGUAUGCAGAUUGCUAAAAAAUAUAUUGUAAACUGUAAUGCAUAUUGCAAAAAUUUGUUAAGUUAUAUUAAACAAAUAUUUAACUAAGUUGGUAAAGUGGAUGUUUUUAGCCCUGUUAUGAAAAAGCGUUGCAAAACGAUCUUAAUGUGAUCAAAUUGCAUUAUGAAGAAGACAGGUGUGGAAAUCAGACUGAUUGACAGUUAGUCCAAGUGAGUAUUAGACCAAACAUUGGUUGGAACAAAAGGUAUAAUUAGACUAAAGUAGAAUUGGUUAUCCCGGGGGCAAGUCAGAUAUAUUGCUGUACACGUACGUGACCAAAAAAACGUGUUUAAAGGGGUGUUUUUCAGUUCUGGACGCGGGACGCGCGUGCACUCAUUAAAGGUAUCAAAAACACUGAUUUUCAAGAAAAAGGGUGGUUUUUAAAGACUGGUCAAUGGUCAAUCGUGGGGUCAACCAUAUUAAGGGUAUUUUUUCUUUCCAAAGUGUUUGGGGUAUGUUUUUUCCCCAAGCUUUAUCCUCGAGGUCAUAUUCUGGCGACAACUUGUAUAGGGGCCAAAAUGGGUAAAUAAAGCCCGCGAAAAACUUGUUCAGGGGUUAUUUUGAACACAGAGAAAAACUCGUUUAGGGGGUGUUUGUAAAUAAUUUGGUCACGCAUGUGUACAGCAAUACAUUUGACUGCCCCCCCCCCCCGGGGGUUAUCUGAGGAUUAGAUCAUCUGCUAGUAGACCAAGUGGAUACCCCAACCAUAUUGUGUACCACAAAGAUUAUAUCAAACUUAUAAUAUUUCAGUGUACCUCAAAUCAAUUAAUUAAUUUUGAAUGUUGAGCAUAGAGAUAUAAAGUAAUUACUACUAUGUAA